AUGACUGGGUCAGAGGAAGGAACACCUCGACGUGCGAGGGCGACUUACGGGGCUCGCACGAAGAGACCUCGAAGACUCCGUGCGUCUAGCAAAGGAUCGGAGGAGGCUUCCGACCUCGAGGAAUCUGGUGCUAAGCAGACUCGCAACGAUAGCGAUAGCUCUCCACAGCGACGGCUACGUAGCUCGAAGAAAGUUCGGCAUCUGACCGCAAGUGGGGAGAGCGGGAAAGCGCGGGAGAUCUUGGAGCAUGGAGCAGCACUGUCACCGAGUGCCAACCGUUUCACUACGCCUCCUCCUCCUCCGCUGUCGCAGGAAAUAGCUCAGGCCUUCGAAACAGCAAGUCCAGGAAGCUUGCGUGAGGUGCGCGAGGCUACCGCCGAUGGACAAGACGGGCCCCGAGACGAGCUUUUGGGAAUGGGAGAAGUGCAAUCCUACUCAUCUUUGAUGGAAUCAAGUCCUACUGACCUCAGACGGCGCGGAGUGGCCGCAAAGAUGAGGGCUAAGAAUCUGUUCAGCCGGACCCCGUCUUUAGCAGAAGAAGUGACAGCCGUCGAAGAGACGCAAUCGGACGGUAGUGGCCAGCGGGCUACUCCACCACCGCAAGGACCGGCGUAUGGCACAGAGAUGGGGCGCCCUGAUGCCUUCGACCAGCCGAAGACCUCACCCGCCCGCAGAAGCCUUGCCCCCGAAGCGGCAAGACCUCGGACACCACCAUCAGGCUCACUUCAAGCGCGAGACCGUCAGAUGGGUCAAAGUCCAUCGAAGGCCACACUGGCAUCUCCUGGUGGUCGCUCGAAGGUCACCUAUAGUAGUGGGUUGCGGACUUUUCUAGAGAACAAAUCCACUCCUUUGGCCGAAGAGGGUGUGUCAGGCAUCCCCGAGCCUGUUACAGCUGCGCAAACAGACGAUACAAAAGAGAGUCCGCAGUCCCAGAGGGAAAGCUAUUCCGAUCUGCGUAAGAGAUGGGUAAUCGAGGACGAAGCGAUCGGCGGCGCUGGCAGCCCUACUGCCUUGACGUUGAUUCCUCUACGGUCUCUCACUGCUCUGCGCUCCGAGGGCUCGCAAAAAAGGUUUCUCGACAGUCUCGAGUAUUUAUUAGCCGGCCUCGAAGUAAGCAAUGGCAUGGGUGCACGACGCUCUUCAAGCAUUGAGAUCGUCAAAAGGAUGUGUAUGGAUUCAGCGCAAGACCCAGAUAGGGUAGAGGAGUCGAUAGCGAGCUCCGAAGGGUCAUUAGAUGACUUUCUCCUGCGCUUGAGGAUCACCGAGACACAAGGAAGAUUGUGGACCGCGCUCCGACGAGCUGGCGGAGCUACUGGAACGGACGAGAUCUUGGAUUGGGCUCUGCUCAUCUCCUUAGCCCGGAUGACUGAAGGGGCAGGAGGCGCAGCUGUCCUUCUCCAAGGGCACCUCAAUGACGUUGUUUCUGCGCUUCGCAAUGUCCUGACCCGAGCCAGCUAUCGGAAACAGCACUCUGGUGAGCUGAAGAAGAAACAGCCAAAGAACGAGAAGAUAAUGCUCGAGGCUUUACGUUCGCUAUCACGCCAUGUGACUCAAGUCGCCCUGCCGCCAGAAGAGGCAAGCGAUGCAAACACGUCGCUGAUUGUCCUUACGCUCGGCAUCGUGAUAACUCUUUGCGAAUCUCCUGUAUCGCUCUUGGACAUGCUGACCUCCAAGCCACUGGUCGAAGACGAAUGCGAGAGGGGACAAGAGGAUUUGUCUUCGCGGCAAUGCCUUCUGGAGCUGCUUCUCGAUCACCUGAGCUUCGAGGGCGACUUAGCAGCGACUUUUGUCAAAUCUCUCGGUGAUGAUGUGAGCUUGAUAUCCACAGACCCCAAGGUCGCAAGACUACCCUCGCUGGAUGUUUUAGGAGUUGCGGCAAGGCUGCUGGAAACGUGUACGGGACCUGCCGAAGCACAAGCUUUGUCUCGCGCUAUGCAAGACAUCUGUACCGAAGAGGAAAUCACAUUUCUAGCGCGCCAGUUCGUGAAAACACUGCAAUUCCUCUGGGUCUUCGUCUCCGACCUCGACAACCAGAAGGAGAGAGGUCAGGCGAACAUCGCUAUUGCGACCCUCGAGGCUGCCUCGAAUGUGCUGGCAGAUUGGAUCAAGCUCCUCGCCGCCUUCACACAGCACAGUCAAGUGUGGUGCAACGGUGUCCUCACUGCAGACGGUGGUCUGGGCACGCUCUUUCGUAUCAUUUCAACUAUUGAUCACGAAAAGGGAGUGCGCUUGCUGGCCCCUCCAACCUUGCACAGCGGUGGCAGCAACUCACUCGCGGCAUCGUCGAGUAUUCCAGCUUUCACUCAACAAGAGAGUAGCCCAGCAGACAAGGCCGGGCCGCUCGACAUGCCAGUACACUCCAGAUUGUCUGCAGCAUCGAUGAUCACCAGUCAUGACCUCUUGUGCUAUUGUCUGGCCCUCAUUGACCACCUUGUAGGGGAAGGCGCUGCAGCUGCCAUGGUCGCAGAAUUGCAGAUCGAUCCUGGGUGCCACCGACACGAAUGCGUAGUCUCAGAGUGUCGUCCACACGAUGGAGCACACUCUGCUCUUGUCCUACUUUUCAAACUCUUCUUGACCCACCACAGUCUUAGUCGCGAUACGACGGAUGGCCAGCCACAAGUUUCACCAACGGUCCUCCCUGAAGAGGUCGCUCGAUCAGACAGCGCACUGUUGGCGGGCUGUGCCGCUCAUACAAUUGCAGUGUGCCUCCGAAGCUUCCCACAGAGUCUCGAGCUUCUAAAGACAUGUGAUCCCAAUCCCGCACAAGCACUGGGCGAGUGUCUGACGGCCUUCAGCGCUGUAAGUCAUGCAUACAAGAGCAUGCUCAAUCUGGGGUCAGGAUCGUCGCCCCAAGGUCCGCAUUCGAGCGGGAUGUCCGAACAUGGCGGAGAGAUGCACGACGUCGACGAAGACGUGGAAAGACUUGCGCGACUGAUGAUGGAUCUGGCCGACGAUGUUUAG